GAGCCGGAUUUUUAGAAGCUGAUAGAGGACGUUUCAAAUUGCCCUGGAUAUAAGUUGCCCACACGUAAAACGCUGUCUAAUGUGCUACUUCCAAAUAUACACAGUGAGUUAAUUGCCAAUGUGAAAGAGAAGAUAGCAUCUGCAUCUGGAGUUUGUCUCACAACUGAUGGAUGGACAUCGCUAACCAAUGAGAGUUACAUAGCUGUAACCGCACACUUCAUAGACAAGACGAAUAUGGAACUAUCUUCGCAUAUGCUAGCUUGUGAAGCGUUCGGUGAGAGGCACACAAGCCUCAAUCUUUGCUCUUUUCUUCAGAGUGUUGCAGCUGAUUGGAAAAUUUUAGAUAAAAUUACUGCAAUUGCAUCAGACAAUGCUGCCAAUAUCGUAUCAGCGAUAAAAUUGGGAAAUUGGCGCCAUAUUCCAUGCUUGGCCCACACUUUGAACAUCAUUGUACAGAAAGCACUGGGACCAAUUGACAGUGUAAGGGUCAAAGCAAAGGCAAUUGUAGAAUUUUUCAAUCGCAGCUCAUCCGGAUUCAAGAAGCUCAAAGAAAUUAAUAGCCAACUAAAUCUUCCCGACCUUAAGCUGACACAAGAUGUGCCUACACGUUGGAACUCAACAUACAAAAUGUUUCAGCGCUUGUCUAUUUUAAGAGAUGGAGUUAUGGUGGUCAUUUCCCUUCUACGCCCUGAACUAGUACUGACCCAGGCAGAAUGGGAAAUUAUUGAUGGUGUAUUGCCAGUGCUGCAGCCAUUUUCUGAAAUAACAACUGAAAUUUCAGCAGAGAAAGAUGUCACCUUAUCAAAUGUUAUUAUAAUGGCCACAUUGCUGCAUCAAUCCAUAGCCAAAGCUAUUCCAAAAGAUGAUUUUCUACGGGCAGUCGUAGAAAAACUCAAAGAGCAGUUGACCGUACGUUUUGGGGAUUUGGAAAAUAAUAUUUUGUAUGCAGAGAGCACCAUACUAGACCCAAGAUUUAAAAAACGGGGUUUAGGUCCGAUGAAUGCUAUGAAAAAACAGUUGCAGCUCUACAAUGUAAGAUCGCUCAAACGGGAUUGGUUGAUAAUGUUGCUGAUGAUCUGUCUUCACAAAUCGAAACCGUCAAAACGUCGCCAACCAAAAGUGGACGAGUAUGACAAGCAGUAUAACCAAAUAACAAAGCCAAGCUGUAACACGGCUGCUGCCAUUAGAGAGGUAGAUAAAUACCUAGCAGAAGAGAACAUCAAUAGAAAGCAGGACCCUUUGAUCUGGUGGACGCAGCGAAAAAAUGUAUAUCCACGACUAUACGAAUAUGCGUUGAAACGUCUUUGUUUGGUGGCCACGUCGGUGCCAUGUGAGCGCCUAUUUUCUGCAGCAGGAGAAAUAGUCCGCAAAAGACGAACGCUUUUGACGCCCAAUAAGGUUAAAAGCCUUAUGUUUUUACAUAAUAAUAUGUGAAAUACUUAAAAAUGCCCCGACUUCUAAAACAUAAAAAAUGGAAAACGAGAUACUUAAUUGAAACUGUUGGUUGUGUCCUAACGAUAUCAAGUACUAAGUACGAAUUAAAAUAAA